CUUCAAGAAAGCUUCACUUCGCCAUCACUAAAAAAAUAGUAUAAAAUAAAAAUAUUGUUUGUUUAAUUACCAAGCACUUGUGUUACUUUACACUAAAAUGCUUUAAUCAAACCAUGAUGAUGAACAGCCCAGUAUGGGGGCUUGGCUUACUCAACCGGUAAACUGAGAAGUGGGCGUGGCUUACCCCACCAUUAUAAUAAGAAGUGGGCGUGGCUUCAGCAUUCCAUACGCACGUUAGCUUGAUGAGGGUACGCACCGUUUGACCCGCAGCCCGCACUUCAUUACGCACAUUAAUAACAUUUAGCUGAACAAAGUGAACUGAAGUGUUUAUGGCGCCAGAAGAAGACGUGGAGAAUCCUGUGUCUUUACUGCCUCCAGCUAAACACAUAGGAAACGAUGGGCUCGAAUUCAUCCAGAAGAAGAGGACAUUGGGCAUGUCUGUGUGCAGUAAGCUGUGCUUUGCGAUUGGUGGAGCUCCGUAUCAGAUCACUGGAAGUGCUCUGGGCUUCUUCCUGCAGAUCUACCUGUUGGAUGUGGCACAGUUAGAGCCAUUCUAUGCAUCAAUCAUCCUCUUUGCAGGACGAGUGUGGGAUGCUGUUACAGACCCCACUGUGGGCUUCCUUGUUAGUCGGAGUCAGUGGACGCGACAUGGCCGGAUGAUGCCUUGGAUUUUGAUUUCCACUCCGUUUGCAGUUUUGAGUUAUUUCCUGAUCUGGGUGGUUCCUCCAGUGGAGAAGGGCAAAGUGUUGUGGUAUUUGUUCUUCUACUGUAUGUUCCAGUCUCUACAGACGUGUUUUCAUGUGCCUUACUCCACUCUAACGAUGUUCAUCAGCUCGGAGCAGAAAGAGAGAGAUUCGGCCACAGCGUAUCGUAUGACUGUAGAGGUUUUUGGUACGGUUCUCGGAACAGCUAUUCAGGGUCAGAUUGUGGGCGGAGCCACUGCACCCUGUUUAAAUUACACCUCCUUUUUGAAUGACAGCAAUAAUGUUAUGCAGCUAAACUCCAUGGUCAACGUCUCGCACGUCACAUUGGAGGAUACGAAACAAGCAUACAUGAUAGCAUCUGGAGUGAUUAGCGUGAUCUACAUCAUCUGUGCUGCUGUUCUGUUUUUCGGUGUGCGAGAACAAGAAGAUGUGAGUAUUGUGAAAGCAGAGUGUUUGUCGUUUGUGGAGAGUCUGAAGCUGCUGCAGAAACAUGGGCCAUAUGUUAAACUGGUUACAGGUUUCCUCUUCACAUCAAUGGCCUUCAUGCUGAUGGAGGGAAACUUUGCUCUUUUCCUCACCUACACUCUCGGACUGCGUGGGGACUUCCAGAACAUUCUACUCGUCAUCAUGCUCUCUGGAACCCUCAGCAUUCCUCUGUGGCAGCUCUUCCUCACACGCUUUGGCAAAAAGUCUGCAGUCUAUGUCGGCAUCACAUGGGCAAUUCCCUUCAUGAUCCUGGUGGUGUGUAUAGAGAGCACUCUUAUCAUAACGUACAUUGUUGCUGUAGCUUCCGGUGCCUCUGUGGCUGCAGCUUUCCUCCUGCCAUGGUCGAUGUUACCUGAUGCAGUGGAUGAUUAUAAAGUACAGAAUCCCAGCUCUCAGGGUCAUGAAGCCAUCUUCUUCUCCUUCUACGUCUUCUUCACUAAGUUUGCCUCUGGAGUCUCACUGGGCAUCUCCACUCUCAGCUUACAUUUUGCGGGUUACAUGUCGAGGGGGUGUGUUCAGCCCGACUCAGUGAAAUUAACAUUGAAGCUGUUGGUGUCUGCUGUGCCCGUGUCCUUCAUCAUCCUCGGCCUGCUCAUCUUCAGAUCCUACCCCAUCAAUGAGGAGAGAAGGAGACACAACCGUCAGCGCUUACACGCCCUGCUGCAUGACAGCAGUGACGAUUCUGAAACCUCUAGAUUGCCAGGAUCUUCUAUCUGAAUCUCUGCAGUGUGUGUGAGCGCACGUGUGUGUGUGAGCGCACGUGUGUGUGUGAGCGCACGUGUGUGUGUGAGAGCGUGUGAGCGUGCGCGCAUCUUAAGUGCCUUACUGAGACUUUUACCACAUUUUUUCAUGUCAUUUUGUAUAAUAAUACAAAUAAUAAUAACUACUGGAGGACUGGAACAGUUGCAUCCAACACCUGCCUGGGUCUCUUCCACUCAGCAGAGUGCGUAUAAAGAGAGACCAGAAAAACCCUCCGCUCCAGUCUGUUGGACCAGUGCACUCUGGGUGAGUUCCUGAUGUGUGCAGUGAUGCCCACUCCAUCCCUCACCCCAGCAUCCAGUCUUCUGAAUAAAUAGCUACAUUUAAACGUAAAA